UCAGCCACAGCUGGACCGACGCAGGCAGCGUGUUGCUCAGAGACGUCCAGGCUCUGACGUUAUACAGGAACCUCUACACCACAGCCAGGCGCUCCAGUCCAGUUCCUCAGCUGACCUGUGUGGGUGGAUCUGCCGGCUGCGGGGCCUUCGUCCCAGAGGUGGUCCAGUGUCUGAACAGAGGCUGGGAUGGGGUGGACGUUCAGUGGGAAUGCAAGACGGAGAUGAACACAUUGUACCGUUUUGGUCGUAUCGAGGUGAGUUGUGAAGGUUACAACCACCCUUCUGAUCCCUAUGUUCUGAGGGGCUCCUGUGGACUGGAAUACACCCUGGAACUGACUGACGAAGGCUUGAAGAGGACUAAAGGCACCUUUGGUUCUGCUGGUGGAUUUAAAGGAUGGGGAGGUCUUGGGGAAUUUGCCUCUAGUUUCUUCAGCGGCUCUUCUAAAACGAUGCACCAGCAGAACCAGCACAUAUCUGACAGUGAGCACUCAGGAGGCCUGCUGGUUGUUGGUUUCUUUCUUCUGCUAGCGUUUGGUGUCUACAAGCUGUUCCUCAGUGGCAACACAGCCCAAUGGGGCCAAGCUGGAGGUCAAUAUGGGUCUCCUCAAGAUGGUCACCACAGCUCUACACCUGGACCGCCCCCACCAGGGUUUAAACCUGACUACACAGGCUUUGCAGGGACCAAUCCAAGCUACGGUUUCCACAGUGAUUAUACUCAGGGACAACAUCACCCCCGGGGCCGCAGUGCUCACGGCCCGGCUGCAGGCUUCUGGACUGGCAUGGGGACAGGAGGAGUGCUGGGUUACCUUUUGGGUCAUCACAGGAACCAGCCCUGCAGACCCACACCUGAAAGAGCUGACCACUCACCUGGACCACGCACCGCUACAGGCUUUGGAGGAACCAAGAGAAGAUAGAAGAUGUAGAAGAAAACUUGUUUUGUGACCCAUCGCAUCAAAACGAGGAUCAAGUCCAAAACUGGAGAAACAGACAGAUUUAGGGUUUUGAUUUAAAAGUGUGUAAAAACUGCAUUUUGUCAAAAUAUAAUGAACUAAUGCCUUAUUUAUGUAUUGUUUGAAAGAACUGUCUAAAAUAUAAUCCUAAACAUU